UGCUGGACUCUGAGAUGAAAGUGUCCUGCACUGGAGUUGGAAAUGGAACUUGGAAGCUGAAUUGCUCUGCAGGGACUUGGGAAGAUGGGGUGAAAUUCAGUUGGCCCUCAGAUGUCCAAAGCAAGAAUCCCCCCCUUGGGAGUUCUGUGACCGUCACCUCCCACGAUCUCAAUCUCAACGUCACUUGUGCAGCAGAAAACCCGGUUAGCAAGGCGUCCACAACAGUCUCUUUAAAGAAAGUUUGUGCUGAGGAGAAACCUGAGACGGAGGCCCCCCAAAUAAACGACAAACAACUUCCAAGCAAUGCAUGGAUCGUGGCAGUGAUUGUAGCUGUUAUCAUACUGCUGCUUGUCGUUGCUAUCGUCAUUUGUGUGCUGAUGAAGAAAGCUGCCAAGAGGAAUCAACAUUUCACAAUGCGCUCAGACAUCGAAAACUCACCUAGGAUUGAUUCCACCUUAAUAGGAAACCAGCCCAAGGAAACCAGGAGGAAGACAAAUCAGCCAGCUAGAAGAGCCGCAAAGAACAUCCAGGAGAUGCCCUACACGGUUUAUGCUUCUGUGCAGCAUCCCAAACCGAAUCCUUUGCAAACAGAUGAUGAGAAGAUACAGAAGGGACAGCGCAGCCACCGAAACCAGGCAGAGAAAACCAUUUAUUCGGAGGUCACCAAGGCUCAGGAGAGUGAAGACCCAAAUAGCUGCAGGACCAUCUAUGAAACGGUGCAAAGUCCCCCUUCUAUCAAAUCCUCUGGCCCGUGAGCCUUUGUUUAACACACGCACACACACACCGUCUGCAAAGCCAGCAAGAGAUGCGCUCCCCACCACCAGAGCUAGGAAAUGCCUGAGCUCCUUCUCCCAAUGGCAGCCUGGAACACCUGCAGAAGACCUCCACGCACGAGAGAGAGAGA